AUGUCAAUCGUCCAGGCCCAACUCAACAACCAUGGCAUUCCAGCUUCAGAUCGUCAAAAAGCUCUAGAUCGAGUGCAUGCAGACCCCGGCAUCCCUAAGGACGCCACAACCUCUUCCUUUUGGCUACAGGAGCCACACCCCCAUUUUGACAACAAGUUCUCGACUCCCCUGCCCACUGAAGCGGAUGUUUUGAUCAUCGGCUCGGGCGUCACAGCCGCAUCAAUCGCCCGCACUCUUCUCGAGAGCAGCACCCAGAACUCAAAUCCAUCUCACCCGAGAAUUUUGAUGCUUGAAGCUCGCCAUAUUUGCAGCGGUGCUACUGGCCGAAACGGUGGCCAUAUCCUUGAAAAUGCAGACGAGUACGCCGAUUUUGCAGAUGAGUUUGGAGAGGACGCGGCGCGAAAGCUCAUUCGGUUCAGACUUGCGCAUUUGCGCGAGAUGCUCGGUGUUGCGGAGGAACUUGGGCUGACAGAGAUUGCCCAGGCUCGCAAAGUGCAAUUUCUGAGUGCUUAUUUCGGAGACGAGAACUGGAAAUCCGCUAAAGAGCGGCUCGAACGGUUCAAGAAGGGCAUGCCAGAGGAAUCCAAGGAGUGGAUAGCUUAUGAGGGAGAUGCAAUUCCCGAAGAAUUCAAGCUUUCGCGCGCAAAUGGUGUCAUUGCAGGUCCUGCGGGUGCUUUGUGGCCCUACAAAUUCGUGACGGGCGUUCUUUCUCGCCUGGUCUCCGAUUACCCGUCCGAGUUCCAGGUUGCGGAUCACACCCCAGUGACCGCAAUUCACGACAACCGGGAUACAGACCAUAAAUUUUCACUUGAAACUAACCGUGGGACUGUCCAUGCUCGCCAUGUCAUUCAUGGUACGAACGCACAUGUCGGACAUUUAGUCCCCGGCCUGCGAGGCCGCAUUUUUCCCGUCCGCGGACAAAUGUCCACCCAGACGCCUGGAGACAAAUUCCCUCUACAAGGAGAGAAACACUCCUGGAUCUUCAACUACGACCGUGGCUUCGAUUAUUUGACCCAGCUCCCAAGCGGCCAGAUGAUGUUCGGUGGCGGCUUCGCACAAGGUGAAAGCCUCGGCAUCGCCGAUAUGGGCGUUCCAGCAGACAGCGAAAUGAGUCUCGCGAUUGACAUCCACCUUUCCGGCGCCUUAAGCGCCGUCUUUGGUCGCGAGUCCUGGGGCCGUGUUCAAGGCAAUCCUAUUCAAGCAAUGUGGACCGGCAACAUGGGAUUCAGCGCCGACGGGUUCCCCUGGGUGGGAGAGUUACCUAGUUCUCUCACACGUCGAAACAAAACCAGCGAUAAGGCAGGUGAGGGUGCUGAGUGGGUGUGUGCGGCGUUUUGCGGCGAGGGAAUGGUCCAGGCCUGGCUAUCUGGGAAAGCCCUGGCUGCGAUGCUGUUGAUAAAAGAUGGACAUUCUGGGAAAGAUCUGUCGUGGUUCCCAGAGCAGCUGCUCGUUACUGAGGAGCGCGUAAAAAAUGCCGUGUUGCCUCAUGUUGUCUCUGACUCACCGCAGCGGUAUGCAAAUCUGUAG